AUGACACCACGAACUGUUCUUAUCACGGGCUGUUCCGACGGCGGCCUCGGAGCCUCCCUCGCUCUCGCCUUCCAUGCUGUAGGCCUAAAGGUCUAUGCUACAGCGCGUAAUUCUUCCAAAUUAGGCCAGGUAUCAGCCGCCGGGAUCGAGACCCUCGUUCUCGAUGUGCUAUCCAGCGAGUCGAUCAAGAACGCCGUGAUGAAGAUUCCAAAUCUCGAUAUAUUGGUCAACAAUGCCGGCGCCGAAUAUCUCAUGCCUGUAACUGACGUGGACAUUGCUGAAGCUAAACGCCUGUUCGACCUGAAUGUCUGGAGUUAUAUCGAGGUUACACAGGCGUUCUUACCUCUGCUUCUCAAAAGCCCCCAUGGCGCUUUAAUCGUUAAUCAGUCAUCUGCGGCCUCUGUAACCGUACUACCUUUCCAAGGCGUGUACACUGCCUCUAAGGCGGCUAUUGCUAUGUUGUCCGACACUCUACGGCUCGAGUUAAGCGUCAUGGGAAUCACUGUUGUCGACCUAAAGACUGGAAUGGUGUGCUCCAAUCUAAUUAAGAAUCAAGUGGAGGCAAAGCCAGCAAUUCUUCCAGCAACGUCGAUAUAUUAUCCAGCACGCGAGAUAGUGGAAAAGACCAUGAAUCAGGAUGGCCCUGCCGAAUAUGGGAUGCCAAAUAUGCAAUGGGCGACAGCGGUGGUGGGUGAUUUGCUCAAGAAGAAGCCACCCCCCUUGAUCUGGAGGGGAGAGCAGGCUUGGCUUGCGAGGCUGAUUUGUCUUCUACCUCUCGGAAUAUUUGAUGGAAUGCUGAAGAAGAUGGGUGGGUUGGAUAUCGUGGAGAAGAUCAUGAAGCUUGGAGCAUGA